GAAGGAGAGCUCCCUCUCCCUUCAAUUAAUAUCUAGGUAGUACCUUUUCUAUUUCAAUAUCUCAUUUUCCAUUAACACAUUAACUACACGCAUACAUACAUAUACACGACACAACAAUAUCCCCAACCAUCAAUCUAAACUAUCCAAACCAUGACCUAUGAACGUCAACGCGCAGUCGAGUCCUACGGCUGGACAUCUGUCCCCGCAUCUCUUUCUGAGCUCAUCCAAUCCUCUUCUUCAGCCUCUAACUCCGCUUCCGCGCUCAAAUUCUCCGAUCUCCCUUUCCCUACUUCCCCUCUCGUAAAGAGCGUUCAGGAAUACGCACGCACCGAAUUACCCCAAGAAACCUUCCACCACUCUAUGCGCGUCUACCACUACGGUGUUGCGAUUCUCAUCCACGCAUUCCCAAACUGGACCUCUAUCGACGCCGCAUCUAGUAAAUUUCUCGAAAGCUACGCACUCACGGCUCUUCUCCACGAUAUCGGGACCGUGCCGAGACAUUUGCAGGAGACGCUGAUGAGUUUUGAUAUUUACGGAGGGUUUAUUGCAGAUGGGGUAUUACGGGAUGCGGGCGCGGUGAGAGAACAGCGGGAGUUGGUUGUGGAGGGGAUAAUCCGACAUCAGGAUUUGGGAGAGGUGGGGACGCAGACGAGGCUUGGGGGGUUGGUGCAGUUAGCGACGGUUUUUGAUAAUAUGGGGGAUAAUGCGCAGUUGGUGCACGAGGGGACGAUUGAGAAUGUGGUGAGGGAGUGGCCGAGAUUGGGGUGGAGUAAAUGUUUCUCGCAUACGAUUGAGCAGGAAAAUGCUUUGAAACCAUGGGCUCAUUCGACACAUUUGGGAGUGAGGGAUUUCCCCGAUGGAGUGCGGGGAAACAAGUUGAUGGAGAAAUGGGACUGAGAGUGAGGGUGUUCUAACAGGAAUCAGGCGAGUGAGGGACGAGUAGGGGUGAGUACCUAGUGUUAUGAUGGGUGAGGAAUUACAAGUGAAUGAAUACUGAAACGAAACAAUGAGACAAAGGCAGAGGACAAAAAUGGAACUCAAAAGUUGCACAGGAAAGGAGUAAUGGCUUGGAAAAAUAAAAGAUGUCUACAGACAGAUUGGGUUUUGCGAUCUCAAUGACAUUAAGGAUGGUAGCAAAAAAAUAUCCAUCUUCCUUCCCCA